UCCAUUUGUAGGCCAUUGUAUGUUUACUAGAAUUUGUUACCCAUGGUCUGUUUUCAAAGGUAUAGAGUUUUUACUGCUACAUGUUAGUUGCACUGACUGCAUGUAUAGAAAUUUGCUGGUGUACGGUUGUACUCGGGAUAUAGAUAUGUAGUGUAUGAAUAUGUGAAUUGCUACUCGGAUACCCGAGUGUUAAGUAUUAUACAAAGGUGUUUGUGGAUGUGAUCUAGAAGUUCAUCACUAAUAUGAAGAAAGCAAAGAAUGUGAAGAUAAAGACUGGCAGGGCUGGCCCCCCUGCCAUGAAACCUGGCUACCAAUAUAUCAACCCCGGCCAGGAGGAUCAGAUGGAAAUCCAUGGCUACCAAAGAAGUGUCGUGUGGACUAUUAUCGUGUGGAUAUUUAUCUUCCUCACUGUCGGACUGCUGCGACUCUUUUUCUACUGGUUCCCCCAUCUGAUGGUGCGGUCCACACACUCCAAGUGUUCUCUGGCAGAGGCCACUGUUGUAGUUCUCAAGGACCAGUAUCUCCAAUGGUACGUGUCUCGUAUCCGAGAGUUGGCUGUUGAUGGUCAACUUGAAAAUAAAGCCAGACCAAAACUAGAGAGAGGCACUUCUACUGUCAGUUUUACAAAAUUUGAUGAAAAUGAAGAGUCUGUGGAGGCUGGAAAUAUGGAACAGCAAAUCAGAUUAGUCCGAUUUUUCGUCACAAAGAAAGUGAAAUUUUUGUGGAAUGCUGAUGGACAGCUCUUUGAAAAAGCCAGUGGAUUAGUUGAUUCCACCAGUUGUUCGUUCUUCCAUCGACAGAAAGGCUUCAGCGUGGACACACAGAUAAAGAAGAGGGUAAUCUAUGGUGUCAACUCCAUAAAUGUACACGUGACACCUGUGAUCGAGCUCCUCGUUAAACAGAUUAUCUCCCCUUUCUACAUCUUCCAAGUGUUUUCCUGUUCCCUGUGGUAUGCUGAUGAAUAUUAUUACUACGCUUCAUGUAUUGUCCUCAUGUCCAUAAUCUCCAUCACCGUCUUCAUAUACCAGACACGAAAGAUGCAGAGGACUCUCCGUAACACAAUUGCUUCAUCAACCAUAGUGACUGUGUGUCGAGACACUGGAGUGUAUGAAGACAUCUCCUCGGAAGACUUGGUGCCUGGGGAUGUUAUAGAGAUCCCUCGACACGGAUGUAUCAUGCAAUGUGAUGCUGUUCUAACCUGCGGUAACUGUAUCGUCAAUGAGAGCAUGCUUACAGGUGAAAGUGUUCCUGUGACUAAGACUCCGCUUCCAAAUCCAAGUGAGGCAAGAACAGAAGACAAGCUAUUCAAUAUAAAGGAACAUGCACUUCAUGUUUUGUUUUGUGGGACAAAGGUCAUACAGACACGUUACUAUGGCGACCAGCGAGUGAGGGCAGUUGUUGUUAGAACUGGAUUCACAACAUCUAAAGGAGAACUGGUGAGGUCCAUCCUACAUCCCAAGCCUGUCGACUUCAAGUUUAACCGAGACACUUACAUAUUCAUAGGGAUUCUAGCCAUCAUAGCAGGAGUUGGCUUUGUCUAUACCAUAGUACUGAUGGUGAUUGACGGAGAUGAACCGGGUGAAAUUGUCCUGCGGUCCCUCGAUCUCAUCACUAUAGCUGUACCCCCUGCCCUUCCUGCUGCUCUCACUGUCGGCAUCGUCUUUGCUCAGAACCGUCUCAAGAAAAACAACAUCUACUGUAUUCUACCUAACUGUAUCAAUGUUAGCGGGACCAUCAACACAUUCUGCUUUGACAAGACUGGAACUCUAACCGAGGAUGGACUGAACAUGCAGAGUCUACAUCUGGUGAAAGAUGGCAGCUUUACUGAUGAAGUGCAGGAUAAGUCCAUAGCGAUGCUAGACCCAGCAAUUCCAGUGAUGGCUGCCAUGGCGAGCUGUCACUCUCUCACUAUCAUAGACGACGAAUUAUGUGGUGAUCCACUGGACCUGAUCAUGUUUGAGGCCACUGGAUGGGAUCUUGAGGAACCUGGACAGGAACACAGCCGUUUUGACAUGAUGGUCCCUACUGUAGUGAAACCACGGCAAAUGACAGGCCAGCCAUGGAGCACAAAACAGACAACUGAUAUGGAGGUGGGCAUCAUUAGGCAAUUUACUUUCACAUCCAGUCUGCAGAGAAUGUCUGUCAUCACUCGACGUAUUGCCUCCUCCAAUUUCGACCUCUACUGUAAAGGAGCACCAGAGAAGAUUGCAUCCCUCUCCAACCCCGAAACAGUUCCAUCUGACUUUCAUGAUGUGCUAAUGGGGUAUACUCAACAUGGGUAUAGAGUACUGGCGUUGGCAUGGCGACAACUUCCCGAAAAACUCAACUAUACCAAAGUACAUAGAAUACAAAGGGAGCAGGUAGAAAAGAAUUUGACGUUCCUAGGUCUGUUGGUGAUGGAGAAUCGGCUCAAACCCGAAACAACGCCAGUUAUACAGGACCUGAAGGAAGCUAACAUCCGCACUGUCAUGGUCACAGGAGACAACAUGUUGACUGCCCUCUCUGUCGCCCGGGAGUGCAAGAUGGUUGACCAACAUGAGAAAGUAAUCUUAGUGCAGGCGUACCCGCCACAGGGUAAAGCUGAUCCCAGCAUAGAAUUCAUCAACACAGAUAGCACUAGUGAUAAGGUCAAGCAAUUCGACAAGUCUGCUACUGGGGCUGAAACUAAGAUAAGCAUGCCAGGAUUACAGUACUAUCAUUUUGCGAUGGAAGGAACAUCCUGGGCGAUCAUCAGGCAGUAUUUCCCCGAAAUCUUCCCUAAGUUGGUGGUGCGCGGCACUGUGUUUGCCAGAAUGUCACCUGAUCAGAAAGCACAACUGGUGGAGGCGCUCCAGGAACUAGGGUACUAUGUGGGGAUGUGUGGUGACGGAGCCAAUGACUGUGGAGCCCUGAAGACAGCCCAUGCUGGUAUAUCUCUGUCAGAGGCGGAGGCAUCUGUCGCUUCUCCCUUCACAUCGAAAAAUCCAAACAUCGUUUGUGUUCCUACUCUUAUAAGACAAGGAAGAGGAGCCCUAGUUACCUCGUUUGGAAUUUUUAAAUUCAUGGCAGCCUACAGUCUCACACAAUUUGUAUCUGUCUGCAUGCUGUACUGGAUUGGCAAUAACUUGACAGACUUCGAGUUUCUCUACAUUGACUUAUUUCUGCUAACAACACUCAGUAUCACAUUUGGUCGUACGGAUGCUUACCACAAGCUUUCCCCGAAGCCUCCACUCAUCAACCUGUUCGGGAUCGCUCCAGUCCUCUCUCUCGUCCUUCAUACCAUCCUUAUUACCUGUUUCCAGGUCCUCUGCUUUUUAAUAGUAAUGCAACAAUCAUGGUUUGUAGAAUACGUUGAAAAUGAAGACUAUGAUUACACCAGCUAUGAGAAUAUGGCCGUGUAUAUAAUCUCCAGUUACCAAUACAUCAUGCUUGGUGUCAUCUUCUCAAAGGGGGCGCCUUACAGAAAAACAAUAUUUACCAACUAUUGGUUCAUGUUCAACUUAGCCCUAUGUAUAGGAAUCACUCUAUGGGUUAAUAUCUAUCCCACUGACGGACUGGCAGAAUUCCUGGAGUUAAAAUCCGCACCAAAUAUACCCUACAGACUGAUCUACAUCGGGAUUGCAGCAGCAAAUUUUAUAUUGGCAAUUCUGUUGGAGAUGUUUGUAAUAGACAGUUACUUUGUGACCUGGAAGCUUCAGGAAUCGGCUGAAAAGUGCUGUAGAGGCUCCACCUACAAAUAUCACAUCCUCGAGGACGAGAUCAAGGACACUCCUAAUUGGCCUCCACUCAGCCAAUCAACAAGUCUGGCACAGGUGUUCGGCCGCAUGGACAGUGCCAUCAACACAACAAAGGAAAGUGACCAGGUCAGCUUAUCGGGUAGUCUGCUGAACGACGGGGAGAACUCCGAGGUGGACAUCACCGUCGGUGAGGAUGGUAAACAAGCAGUCAUCAAUGAGGGAUUUGUAGCUGAGGAAGACUCGGUAACAGCUCUAUGAAGGACUAACUUAAGAAUUCCACUUACUUUAGAAAUUUAUUUUUGUGCAUUUUAUAUAGUUAAAGUCUCCUAAUCUACACAUAUCACCAUUUUUAGAUUAUAAGACUUUCAAACUACACAACUACAGAUAAGAUUUUAGGAGUCUCUACUACAUAUAUCACCGUUUUAGAUUAUAAAUUCUCCCAAACUACAUAUAUAUCACCAUUUUAGAUUAUAAAUUCUCCCAAACUACAUAUAUCACCAUUUUAGAUUAUAAUACUUUCAAACUACACAUCAACAGAUAAGAUUUUAGGAGUCUCUACUACAUAUAUCACCAUUUUAGAUUAUAAAUUCUCCCAAACUACAUAUAUCACCAUUUUAGAUUUUAAAUUCUCCCAAACUACGUAUAUCACCAUUUUAGAUUUUAAAUUCUCCCAAACUACGUAUAUCACCAUUUUAGAUUUUAAAUUCUCCCAAACUACGUAUAUCACCAUUUUAGAUUAUAAAUUCUCCCAAACUACAUAUAUCACCAUUUUAGAUUUUAAAUUCUCCCAAACUACGUAUAUCACCAUUUUAGAUUUUAAAUUCUCCCAAACUACAUAUAUCACCAUUUUAGAUUAUAAAUUCUCCCAAACUACUUAUAUCACCAUUUUAGAUUAUAAAUUCUCCCAAACUACGUAUAUCACCAUUUUAGAUUAUAAAUUCUCCCAAACUACGUAUAUCACCAUUUUAGAUUAUAAAUUCUCCCAAACUACGUAUAUCACCAUUUUAGAUUAUAAAUUCUCCCAAACUACAUAUAUCACCAUUUUAGAUUAUGAAUUCUCCCAAACUACAUAUAUCACCAUUUUAGAUUAUAAAUUCUCCCAAACAGAUGAAACUACAUAUAUCAUAAUGACAUUUCCACGACUAGUACAAUAUGUACACUGUCACCUACAUCAGACAAACAAUCAGGACAGCUUGUGUACACAAAGAUUUAAAACAUUUUAGGAGAUGUCUUCGAAAUUUUAAGAUCAAGUUGAUAUCAGCUAUGAUGCAGUGUACAAAACUGUGCUGUUGUAAUGUAAUUGGACCGAAAUGACUAAAUUCUGCUUCUCUUUGCCCAAUAUCUGGUCAUAUAUGUGUGCGGGUCUCUGUGCCCCCUCAUCUCAUUUUAGUAAUGGCCCACUGAGGUCUAUUCAGAUGGCUUCUUUUAUCUGCUGCUCCAAAAGAUUGCUCUCCCUGUCCACUACUUUGAAUUUUUCCCACAUUGUUUUUUCUGUGUAGCGGAAGUGUAACAGCCGAUUUAUUGAUCUGGGUCACCAACUUCUUUGUUUCUGAUCAGGUAAACUUCUUGCCUGUCUGGAAUUCUGCAUCUUUCAGGUGUUCAUCAAAACGUAUUCGUGUCUCUCCCAACAUAUGAAGAUUCACAGUUUUGCAUCUGAUUUUGUAGAUGCAUUCUGCGUCAUUUUUAUUGUGUGUUUUAUCCUUUGGAUGUACUAGGAUGCUUUAGAGUGUCUUGUGUGGCUUCCUGGCUGUAGUUAUGUCAUGUCCCCGGUAUAUCAUGGUUGGGGUAUAUCCUCUGGAGGGUUUGGGAUGUACCUUUGGUAUAAGGGAUCACAUUUUGAUCUUUAGUUUUUUUUUGUUGUCCUUAGCUGGUCUUUUUUGUUUUCCCUUUAUUUUGAGGCUGUUUUUGUACCCGUUUUAGGGCCCAUUCUGGAUAUUCACGUUUUCAUUACCCUAGCUAAUCGGCUCUGUUCUUGUAGUCUGUCCUGCUGUUAUUUGACCGUAGUCUCACAUCUAUUGGGCAAUGUGUGCACUACGCCUAGUUUCUGAUGUAAAGGAUGAUGAGAAUUGAAGUUCAGGUAUUGUCUGUGUGGGUCCUAUAUACCAAUACUUUUAUGGUACUGCCUUCUUUCUUUAUUAUAUAUGAAGUAUAUAAUGCUGCUCAUUAUGUUUCAAUGUUAUUUCAAUUGUUUAGAAAUAUGUAUCAUUAUAUAUAUAUGUAUCAUUAGAGCCUGAUAUACAACAAUCUUGUUAUUGUUAUAUUUACUCGUUUCCUCUACAUAUUCUUCAGAGUUUAAACUAGGAAUUCUGCAAUCAUUUUUUCCCGUUGAAAAUAGUUUUAAUGUAUAGUAAUUACGUAAUGUCAUUUGAAUUGAAAUACAAGUUUUUUUAUAUAUAUAUAAAUUAAAGGUGCUUCAUUUCCAGUAAAGAAAUAACCUUGACCCAUAUUCAAGGUUACAGGGGUCAAAUUUGUUAAAGAACUUGAUUUCUUCCUAGAAUCCAAAUAUUUGGCUGGUGUUCUUUGAACUGGAGCCUCAAAUUCAGUAAAUUUGGAAAUCUCCAGUGCAUUUUAGAUUAAACUGCAAAUAUUUGAAAGUGAUUUUCACUAAUCUGAUAUGUUUUAUCCGUAAAACUGGGUCUCAAGUUUUCAGGUUUUGACCCAUGACAGGUAUAUAAAGGUGCUGAAUAUGUUUCAAUAUUUUUUUUUCAAUUGUGUAGAAAUAUCUAUAUACAAUGUAUAUAUAUAAUCAUUAGAUCCUGAUAAACAAUUAUUAUGUUAUUGUCAUCAUUGAUGAUUUACUGUUUUACUCUCUGCCUAUACCUAUACUUAUUUGGAGUUAAUAAUAUACUGGACAUUCUGGAAUCAUUGAUUCUGUUGAAGAUUAGUUUUCACAUAUAGUAAUUUACGUAAUUUGAAUUACAUUUAACUUUUAAAAACUGCCACUGUUGGUAUGGUUUGUAAUUCAAAAUGCUGAGUAAGGGAGGUAAUCCCUAUGUAUACUCUGUAAGGGCAGAGAGUACAGUGUAGUUUCCAAAGGACGAGAUGUGAACAAUUACAAACAACACCAGGGAAACCAAGAACUAUUGUACAACUACAGAGUCAAUAUUUAGUGAUCUGUAGACAUUCCAUCCUGAACCAGAAAUUAUUUAAAACAAGUAUUAAUUUAUAAAAGAGUAUUUGUUUUCAUGAAAUGGUACAUAUUUGUAUGUCAUUUCCUAAGGAAGAAAAGAGUGUUUCUCUUUCAAUAUUAUCCAAUUUCGAUACCCAUGAGAACCAAGUUAUAUAGAUUAUCAGUAAUCCGAAAUUAAUUGUCGCUUGAUGCUUCAAUCUUCCCAUCAGAGACCUAAUACAUACAUGUAUAUCUAUAGAUAGAUUGUUUAAAUAAAGUUGAAUAGUCUUAGGAAAGAAGUUUAGAACAUGAAAAUAACAAAUCUCUAUAUAUCCCAAUAAUAGGUUAUUAUAUAGUUCUCUGUUCCUCGCCAUGUUUAAGGUUUGGAACCCGUGGAUGUAGGUGUCUGAGAUAGGGACAGAACAUUCUCAGUCCCCAUAGGCCGUCAAUCUUAGUGAAACAAAAGGGAAGUAACUCUGGUAGAUAAAAAACACAUUAUUAUUAUAUCUUUUUUUGUACUAUAAUAAUAUUGUAUGUAUUCACCAUAUCUUACUGUUGUUUCUCAGAAUAUAUAUUUUAUUUUCCUGGGAUUGUGGAAUUAAUGGCUUUUAAAAUUUGUUUUUAAAUCUACCGGUAUAUAAUUUUAUGUUUUUAUAUUACCUUAAGUCUAUAUACAUUCAACCCUGCCUUAAAUGCCACUGCAUAAUAUAGACAGGUUUGAUGUAUUUACCAGAAUUUUAUUAUAACUAAAUGGUCAUUAUAGACAGGUUUGAUGUAUAGCAGAAUUUAAUUAUAACUAAAUGGUCAUUAUAGACAGGUUUGAUGUAUAGCAGAAUUUAAUUAUGACUAAAUGGUCGUUAUAAACAGGUUUGAUGUAUGCUACCAGAGUUUUAUUAUAACUAAAUGGUCAUUAUAGACAGGUGUGAUGUAUGCUACCAGAGUUUUAUUAUAACUAAAUGGUCACUAUAGACAGGUUUGAUGUAUACUACCAGUUUUAUUAUAACUAAAUGGUCACUAUAUACAGGUUUGGUUGUAUACUACUAGAGUUUAUAAUGACUGAAUGCUUUGAAAUAAUUAUGGAAAAUUUUGUUCCCUGUUGGGAUGUUUUUGUUUUUGAUUUGCAGAUAUUUAUGUUAAUUUUGUUUCUCUCUAUAUAAAAAUCUACCUUAUAUUACUAAGGAGCAUAGUAAAGGAUGAAACCUGCUAGAAAAUUGUGUCAAACUUUAUUUUUUAUAUAUACAUUAUAUAUAUAUAUACUAUACGGUACACCUAUUACUAUAUUUCUCUAGCUACAUAAUUCGUUACUAAGCAACAUGAUCAUAAAAUAUGAACAUAUCUUUUAUAUUUUUUUACAGAAAUUAUUUUUUAAAUGAAAUAAACAUUUUAAUGAUAA